CACAAAGCAACCAUGUCGUCGCCCCCUCAGCCAAAGAGACGUCGCAUAGGCAUACACAAACCCUUCAUAUCACCCUUGAAGCGCGCAGACAGCAGCAUCGCAACGGCAGAAAACACACCCACUCGCAUCAGCACCAGCAACCUGCGCAACGAAACCACAUCAGAAUCUCUGGCGAUCCGUCAUCUCGAAUCACGUAUCCGUGAGCUGCGCGCCCAAAAUGCAAUUCUCCAACAAGCGGUUGCUACAAGCACAAGCACAAGCACGACCUCUGCCACACGCACCACACAACAACCAAGCAGAUUAGAAACAAAAUGGCGCAAAGCCAGCCAAGCAGCCGCCGACACCGUCUUCCACGACUUCAGCACCCGCAUCCGCGACAACGGCGGCUACGCAGCCUUCCUCCGCCAACAAAGCACAUACCAACCCUUCUACUCCGAUCAAUCCAACGACACCAACAACAACAACGAAAACAACAAAACCACACAAGGCGAUGAAGAAGAUUGGAGAGAUGAAAUGGGCGAUGUGUUGACCGCCAGAGGCAAAAAACAGAGGAGAAGGGAGAAUGAAGAUAAAGUGAAGAAGCAAGAGGAAGAUGAGGAGGAGCAGGAGGAGCAGGAGUUGGGGAUGGGGAGUAUGUUGCAGGUGUUGAAUAUUCCGUUUGAAGUUAUUGGGUGGGAUGAAAAGGAACAGGCUUGGAAGUGAAAUUGGGGGAUUCGCUUUUUGCUCUGUCUCUCAAUUGGAGGUAUGGAGGUUUUUACGACGAUUGUUUCCUGCAUUGCGAAAGGAGUUUUAAGGGGGACAUGAUUACAUGAUGGAGAGAAUGAGCUAUGAUUAUACGAUGGAGCUUUGGAGACGACGGAGACGAUGGAGACGAUGGACACGACAGACUUUACAUGGCUUUGCAUGGGCCCUUUUGCAAUUUCGUUACGCAUGAUACCCAAAUCACAGCUUUGCUUUUCGAC